UUUAAUAAGGUCAAAAACUUGGAAAAACCUCUGCUCAAUCAUGUUCCUUGAUAUCUUAGGAACAAAAUUUUCCGCACCGACCGAGACGACGUUACAAAGUGCGUCGAGCAAAUUAUGCCAUUGUUCUUCAUUCAUUCAUUUUCUAAACCAUUAUCUUUUCUAGGUGGAUUUUUGAGUCUCAGUCAUGGAAAUCAACACGAAAAUCUGCCUACUUGUGUGCGCGUUCGCGAUGGCUCGUGAAUUUCGGCCCCUAGAGCCGUUUUUCGCCGAGUUCCUGAUUGGACCGGACGUAGGAUUUUCUGAAAAACAAGCCGUUCAAGAUAUCUUCGUCAUCUGGGCAUACUCGAGUUUUUUCCUCGUUAUCCUCGUGUUCCUGAUCACGGAUUUUGUCCGAUACAAACCAAUCAUAAUCGCCGAUGGAGUCGCUGGCAUCAUGACCUACGUUCUACUUCUCGGAAAACCCUCAGUUCGAAUGAUGCAGAUCGAGCAGAUGUUCUACUCGUUCUUCUUCUCUUCGGACACGGCAUAUUACACUUACAUGUACGCGAAAAUUGAGGACAAAAUGACGUAUAACCGAAUCACGGGCUACGUGCGGGCUUGUGUCUUGUUCGGCAAGUUCGUGAGUGGAUGUCUGUCACAACUUUACGUCACCAUCCAACACGCCGGAAUCAAUGCCAGCAAACUACCCCUCGUCUACUUGAGCAUCGGAGGUAUGUCGGUUGCCACGUUUAUAUCGCUGCUCCUUCCACCGGUGAAGCACACUUUUUACUUCCACCGAAAGAAAACGGAGGGUGAUUCAGCAAUGGAAAAUCCAAACGCCAUCUCCGUUUCCACCAUCCAGAUAUGGAGCCCUGAUGCCUCAGAUCAGCCGCAGCCCGUAAAAGCUGUCCUGUCAAAUUCAACUCCAGAGAUAGUGGAAAAGUCCAAUGGAAAAUAUUCAACCGCUCUAAAGUAUUUCUGGUCGGACUUCAAGUGCUCUUUCUCAAACCAGAAAGUGAUUGUUUGGGCCUUCUGGUGGAGUGUUGCUGGAGCCGGAAGUAAUUUGGUACUCUCUUACUGCCAAGUCAUUUGGAAACAAGUCAUCGAGGAAAACUAUCCCGAUGUAGAAUCGAAGAACGGAAUCGUGGAUUGCAUUUACACCGCUUUGAGUGCUGCCGCUUCCUAUAAAGUGGGUCAAUUGAAUGUUGAAUGGACUCGUCACAGCAACGCUCUUUUGACCAUCGGAUCCCUCUGCCUAGGUGUUCUGGUCUUAUUCACGAGUCAGCUGAAAAACAUUUACCUCCUUUACGGCUGCCACAUCCUUUUCGGACUAGCGUACAAUACUAUGCUGACGGUUGCAGAGUUCGAAAUAGCAAAACAGGUGAAAGAAUCCUGCUACGGCCUGGUGUUUGGAUUCAUCCAAUUCGUUACGAUUGCCUUCACAGCACUUUGGACGAUGGUUAUUGUCGAAGACACAUUUUUCACUUUCAACAUUCAAAGACAGUUUGAGUUUUGCGCUUUAUAUUUCUUGGCCAUCGGAAUAUACUACCUACUGAGGACCAUUCAGUACUCAAUAUGGGGCAAAGAUGAGCUGAAAUAAACCAGACGAUGGCAAAAAGACUUCAAUGGACCACUAGACAAGGCACGAAUUCAAUCAUUCUGAUGCAUAUUUCUUAAUCAGAAUUUCACGUAGAACACGAUUCGCGCAACGAAAUUUACUGAAACUAACUCCUGACGAAGAUAUUA